AUGAAUCCUUUGGAAAUCUCCGCAGUGAAGCUCCUCGCCCUCCGCCAGAAUGAGGGUGCCGGGGCCGGGGCCGAAGAGGCCGUUAACGAGUGUGGCGCCGCCGCCGUCGACGUGAGCAACAAGCCUCUGCGUAUCGCCUCCAUCUUCAUCAUUCUCGUCGCCUCGCUUCUCGGCGGCUUCCUGCCCAUCUUUCUGGCCCGGACCACCAGGAUGCACGUCCCCAAGAUGACCUUCUUCAUCUUCAAGUACGUCGGUACCGGCGUCAUCAUAGCAACCGCCUGGAUGCAUCUCCUGGCUCCUGGUGUCGAGGCCCUGCAUAACGAAUGCCUGGCACCCAUGCUGGGCGAGUACGACUGGGCUUUUGCCAUCGGCCUGAUGACUGUCAUGGUUAUGUUCUUGAUCGAGAUGGUUGCUUCCAACGUUGCGUCCUCGGCAUUCUCCCACGGCCACAAUCACGAGUUGGGCAAUGGUACCGUUACGGUUAAGUCCAAGGAUCAAGCAACCGACGGGACGAGCGCUAGCGAUGUUUGCCCGCACGAAGCGGGUGAUGUCGAGAGAGGUGCCGGCUUCGUUGACCCCAAGAAGGUGCCAGGGCUUCCGGAUGAUGUCAGCUACCCGCCGGGUGGAAGAGACCACCUUGGCCACGCUCGCGACCAUAAGGAGGGGGACAGCCACAAUGGUCUUGCCGGCCAGCUGAUCGCCAUCUUCAUCCUUGAGUUUGGUGUCGUGUUCCACUCCAUCUUCAUCGGAUUGGUCCUCGCCACCAGCGACGAGCUCGUUGUUCUUCUCAUCGUCCUGACGUUCCACCAGUUCUUCGAGGGCCUCGGUUUGGGCUCUCGUCUUGCCACUGCUACCUGGCCUUCUCACGGACGCUGGUGGCCUCACAUCCUUGCCACCAUCUACGGUCUGUCGACUCCUAUAGCCAUUGCCGUCGGUAUCGCCGCCAAGCCGAACAGCGCCCAGACGCAGACUCUCGUCAACGGAAUCUUUGACUCUAUCAGUGCCGGUAUCCUGAUGUACACAGGUCUGGUCGAGCUGCUGGCGCACGAGUUCAUGUUCAACCCGCAGAUGAGAAACUCGCCGCUCAAGGUGCAGCUUUUUGCCUUCGGUUGCGUCGCCCUCGGUGCCUGCGUCAUGGCUGUAUUGGCCAACUGGGCUUAA